AUGGAAGUGGAUCCAAAACUCGCUCAUUUCGUUAGCAUCACAAUUAACGUCGCUGAUAAGAACGACUGGAUUCCAAACUUUGAAAGUGGAUCAUAUGAAUUCGAUGUUAAGGAAGACACUCUUCCGGGGACUAUUGUGGGACAAGUUAAUGCAUUUGAUCAGGAUAGAGGUGGUCUGGAAGCCCAUUUCAAUGUGAAUGCUGAGAAUGGAUUGAUCACUUUGGCAAGGCCUAUUGAGGCAUUCACAGGGGAGAAGAUUACGACGUAUACAGGCAAUCGUGAUUCCAACACCCGACUAUCAUCAGCGUACUCAUCCGAAUCAACACAAAAGUAUACUGAUCCAGACAACCGUAUCCGGUACCGUCUCCUGUCUGCAGGUGGUCUGGAAGCCCAUUUCAAUGUGAACGCUGAGAGUGGAUUGAUCAUUUUGGCAAGGCCUCUUGAUGCAUUCGCUGGGGAGAAGAUUACGCUGCGAAUCGAGGGAGCCUACAGUGGAAUGCCACCACUCUCCUCCACAACUACAGUACUCAUCAACGUGGUUGCCACGUCAUCUCACUUGAUUCCUGACGCAUCGCCUGUCUCGAAUACUCCGAAUGAGGGAGAAUAG